AUGGAUGCCAGAUACUUUAUGGCUCCUUCGUUAAUACUCCUACUUCUUCUUACUGAAUCCUACCAGCAGAAUUCAUGUUCGACAUUUUUGGAAGUAACUGACGCUGCCUCAGUAGCUUUGACGCCUCUGAGAAGCGACAACAGCGUGAAAAGUGUGCUUCAGUGUCAGUACAACUGUAUGAUGGAUUCGUCCUGCGUCUUCAUCGCGUACAACUCCAGCUCAACUACGUGCACAUACUUCAACCAGUUUGAAAGCAGGGUAUCCUUCGGCGAGGCUAACAAUAAAAUCUACUACCUAUCAAAAUAUAACUUGUUCUGCACCACAAACUGUUCUGACAACAGCGCUAACAACUGGGUGUCUCAGAUUCAAGACCCUCUCACGGCCAACUCACUAUCUCUAGAGAGCCUCAAAUACGUCACGAACGUUGUCGCGUGCGCAGAAGAGAGCUUCAGAAUUGGAGUGCGAACUUUCGUUUAUGACUUCAUGAACGUGAAAGGUAUCAACUGUUACAUACUAAACAACAAUGUCGCUGGUAAUCCUUUUACAUUUAGUGGUCAGACGUAUUCCUAUCAAAUUUUAUCCUUCCACAAGUGUGCUGUCGUCAAUCCACUGCUCUUGAAUACGACUGCUGCAACAACACCCUACACAACUAGCACUACCACUAGGUCUACCUCUACAAGUUCCACUACCACCACCACUACUACUACCACUACCACUACAACGACUACUACCACUACUACUACAACUACCACCACUACUACUACUACUACUACGACAUCGACCACAACGAACAACUUGAGAACGACACCGACGAUCCCAACCACAACAUUCUUCGCAGCUGGCACCACCACCACACCAACUGGAGUAGAAAACACACCCAAUUCAGGGCUACCUCUCCUCCCAACUGUGACACAGUUUCCGAUGAGUAGCACACCCCUUCCCUUUGUUCCCGCUCGAAAUGGAAUCUCCUUUGCCCACCUAAACGACAGAGAAAUAGCUAAGUGGACAGACUACCCCUUGGCGAUCAGACCCGCUUACGUGGUCUUAAUCGGGCUUGGGAUGGGUUGCAUCUUUCUAACCGUGGUGGCCAUCGUUGCCCUCUGCCAGGGAAAGUUGGGGGGCCGUGGUAGGCAAACGUACAACAAAAGUUCCAACGAGGAGAGCCUGCACACGAACGCCACGUACGACGCCGCCCUGACGAGCAACGACACCAUCGACCUCGCCAACGACACAACCCUGUCAACAAGUAAAGAUGAGUACAUGAAUCGGGGGCAACUUUGA